AAGUCCAAACCUCUCAAAGUAGUUUAGUAGAGUGCCAUGGCAUGGGGAGCAGCAGCGAUUUUGUUUUGUGUCUGGACACUGCCAUUUGCUGAACUUACAGGCACCAGUGUGACCUGUACAUUCUCUGAGGACUGUGUUUUGCCAUGCACUUUCAAAGCAAGCAGCGAUGAGGUCAUUCACUGGAACAGAAAUAACUUCAUAGUCCACUCCUACUACCAUGAUGCAGACGAUCUUGAGAAGCAGGACAAGCAUUUUGAAGGGAGAACAUCUCUGUUCAAGGACCAGAUAAAACAUGGAAAUGCUUCCCUAUUGCUGCAAAAUUGUAACAUCCAGGACAGUGGCCAAUAUUCUUGCCACCCCAGUACCACACAGGGAGCCCAGGAGUCAUGGGUCGACAUGAAAGUACACGCACCCAUCCGAUCAGUGAACAUUGAGAAAAUCGAUGAGGAAGUCAUCUGUUCAUCCCAGGGCAUCUUCCCAGCUCCUAACGUGUCCUGGACCACUGACCCACCCACACAGUCAGAUAUGUUAAACAACUCAACCCAAACCACCCAAGAUCCCAACGGUCUGUAUUCAGUACAGAGCAAAGUAAGCUUCAUGGGGAAUGUUUCAGACUACGCCUACAUCUGCUCUGUAACCUCCGCUGAUGGGAUGCAGAAGUGGAAGACAUCAAUGAGACAGCAAGGAGGGAACCAGUUACCAUCUUGGAUCAUUGUUGUAAUUGUCGUGAUCGGGAUCGGGAUCGGGAUCGGGAUCGGGAUCUGGAUCGGGAUCUGGAUCUGGAAAAAACAUCAAACAGAAAAAAACAGAGAUGGAGUCGGCAAUCCAGGAGAUCAGGUGCCCUCUGGAGCCUUCAUUGCACCCGGACACGAUCACGUCCCACCAGACGAGUUUGGUGCAGAGUAUGAGUUGCUGACCCUGUGGGUGACCCAGAAGCUCACGAUGCCGGGGACCUCCCAGGACCCGUCGGCGAUCCGGGAGUUCAGGGGCCCGCUGGAGCCUUCAUUGCGGCCGGACACGAUCGUGUCCGUUACCGGGCUGUCCCAACAGACGAGCUUGGUGCAGGUGGGGAAGUCUCCAUGUUAA